AUGUCAGAACACCGGAACACCACGUGCCAAAAGAAUGAUCUCCCAAAGUCGCUGCAAGGGGCUGAGGACGCCGACAUAGUCUGGGGCAUGAUAACCGAGAGAUUUCCGAACGCUGCUCCCCUCCUCUGCGAAAUGGAGGCGGUGAUCGAUCGCGCCGAGGACCUUCUCCAACAACUACGAGCGCCCUGCCAACGCGAGAUUGAAACAUCCACCUCCUUCUGUACUCCUGAUUCGGAGGAAUCGACUCUGAUGAUUUCCGCUAGGGGGUCGUUGAGCACCGAAAAUGACGUACGUAUCAGAGGCAAGUGUCAAUCGUGCAAAGAGGCGGCCACUGUCGGUAAAAAAGGAAACGAAGACGCGGAGCGUAGAAUAGAAAACGACAUCGCGGAUGAGCGCGAGGAGUCUUGCAUCGUUCUGCAUCGGCAAGGAAGAUGCACGGAUGUCGAUAACGUCGAUGACUCUAUGAUCGACAUCGAUUCGGACCAAAAUGCGAGGAGCCAAGGCUCGAUCGAAACUAAAGACGAUGCACUGAACGUUUCGUUUCAGGGCAGCGGCGACGAAAGUUUAUCGAAAUUCACGGGGCAAAAAAAACCGUUGAACAUUUUCGAGGCGUAUUCGAAACGAUGCAAGGUUCCAAUAAUGUAUCAGUAUAUCACCGAGGGUCCACAUCGUCACAAAUCGAACGUCGUCGUAAUUCGCGGCAGUCUAGCUGAAUUUGCAACAACUGCUCGCGGCGAGAGCGAAAAAUCCGCGAAAAACAGUUUGGCUGCAACGAUACUGAGGAUGAUCGCCAACCACCAGAUGAACGACGGGGAAUUUUCCACGCUUUUGCGUCUCUCGGACGAAGAAAUGCUGGAAAUAAUUCGUUUCGGCACGGUCAGCCCCAGGGAAACUGCCCAGCGAAAACUGUACCAAAUCUGUCUCGAGAUGAAGCAACCAGUUCCGAAAUAUUGCGUCGAUAAAGAUCAAACUAACGAAGGGUACACUUACGUCGCUAGUUGCACCGCUUUGGGACACACUGGCAAAGGUCGCGGUUUCAGGGAAUGCGUUGCCAAGAAAUCAGCCGCUGACGAGUUGUACCGUCAAUUAUAUUGUUCAGACAAGAAAUGAGGAAUAA